ACGCCGGUGGAUUGGCUGAUGUUGGGGAGGGCGCGGCUGUAGUUGAGCCGCAACCUGGCAGUUGCCAUGACUGGUUCUGGGGCACCAGGUUGCCAAGGCUUCAGGCUUUUUUUCUGCUUGCCUCUACACCGCCUUCUCUUGCUGCUCCUGUUUUUGUUUGAGAUUUUGGCCAACAAACUUAAUGUGCCACAGGUUUUGUUACCCUUCGGCCGAGAGCCAGGCCGGGUGCCCUUCCUGCUGGAGGCGCAGCGGGGCUGCUACACUUGGCAUUCCACCCAUCAUGAUGCAGUUACUGUUGAGCCUUUAUAUGAAAAUGGUACCUUGUGUUCCCAAAAAGCUGUACUCAUUGCUGAAUCUACCCAACCAAUACGCCUCAGCAGUAUCAUUCUUGCUCGAGAAAUAGUGACUGACCAUGAACUACGCUGUGAUGUUAAGGUUGAUGUGAUAGACAGCAUUGAAAUUGUGUCUCGGACCCGGGAACUCUACGUAGAUGAUUCACCACUGGAACUGAUGGUGAGGGCAUUGGAUAUUGAAGGAAAUACUUUUAGUAGUUUGGCAGGGAUGAUGUUUGAGUGGAGCAUUGCCCAGGAUAACGAGUCAGCAAGAGAAGAACUGUCUAGCAAAAUUAGGAUUCUGAAAUAUUCGGAAGCGGAAUAUUCACCCCCUGUCUAUAUAGCUGAGAUGGAAAAAGAAGAGAAACAAGGAGAUAUGAUUUUGGUGUCUGGGAUUAGAACUGGUGCUGCUGUUGUAAAAGUUAGAAUUUAUGAAACAUUCUAUAAGAAAGUGGCAGCAGCAUUGAUACGUCUGCUUGUUUUGGAGAAUAUAUUUCUUAUACCAUCCCAUGAUAUUUAUCUCUUAGUAGGAGCAUAUAUUAAAUACCAAGUUGCAAAAAUGGUUCAAGGAAGAAUGACGGAGGUGAAAUUUCCCCUGGAACAUUAUACACUGGAAUUGCAAGACCACAGAGUUGCACUUAAUGGGAUUCCUUCUGGGAAAGUGGCUUUACUGGAUGAGAAAACAGCCACAGUGACUGCCUUCCAACUGGGCCAAGCUAAUCUUGUCUUUGUCCAUAAAAAUGUCCAUAUGCGAUCUGUAUCUGGACUCCCAAAUUGCACCAUAUAUGUCGUAGAGCCUGGAUUUUUAGGUUUUACUGUCCAACCUGGAGACCGAUGGAGUCUAGAGGUGGGACAGGUGUAUGUCAUUACAGUAGAAGUCUUUGAUAAAAGCAGCACAAAGGUCUACAUUUCAGAUAAUCUCAGGAUUUCAUACGACUUUCAAAAGGAUUACUUUGAAGAGCAACUAACUACUGCGAAUGGAUCUUACCAUGUAGUAAAAGCCCUGAAAGAUGGUGUUGUGGUGAUAAAUGCAUCCCUGACUUCCAUCAUUUAUCAGAAUAAAAAUAUUCAGCCUAUAAAAUAUCUAAUCAAACAUCAGCAAGAAGUGAAGAUUUAUUUUCCCAUCAAGCUUACACCCAACUUUCUGGCAUUUCCUCAUCAUCCUAUGGGAAUGUUAUAUCGUUAUAAAGUACAGGUAGAGGGUGGUAGUGGCAACUUCACCUGGACCUCUUCUAAUGAAACAGUGGUCAUGGUCACCACCAAAGGAGUGGUGACUGCAGGUCAGGUCAGGGGGAACAGUACUGUUUUAGCCCGAGAUGUACAAAAUCCCUUUCGAUAUGGACAAAUUAAGAUAUAUGUCCUGAAACUGAAAAAAAUGGAACUGUUACCAUUUCAUGCUGAUGUGGAGAUUGGUCAGUUUAUAGAAAUCCCCAUUGCAAUGUAUCAUGUAAAUAAAGAGACCAAAGAGGCCAUUGCAUUCACAGACUGCUCUCAUUUAUCCUUGGAUCUGAACAUGGAUAAACAAGGAGUCUUUACUCUUUUCAAAGAAGGUAUCCAAAGACCUGGACCAAUGCACUGUUCCAGUACACAUAUAGCAGCCAGAUCUCUGGGCCAUACUCUGGUAACAGUGAGUGUGACUGAGUAUGAAGAGUACUUGGAGAGCAGUGCCACAUUUGCUGCUUAUGAACCCCUGAAGGCUCUAGACCCUGUGGAAGUGGCAUUGGUGACAUGGCAGUCUGUGAAGGAAGUGGUAUUUGAAGGGGGCCCUCGUCCAUGGAUCUUGGAGCCCUCCCGAUUUUUUUUGGAAUUGAGCGUGGAGAAGAUGGAGAAGAUUGGAGUAACACAAGUCCGGCUGCCAGCUAAGAGAAAACAGAACCAGUACAUCUACCGGGUCCUGUGCUUGGAUUUAGGGGAACAAAUUCCUGUAUCAAGCCUAAGGGACACGGUCCUGGAACUGGCAGUGUUUGACCAACACAGAAGAAAGUUUGACAAUUUCAGUUCACUAAUGCUAGAAUGGAAAUCCUCGAAUGAAACCCUAGCCCAUUUUGAAGAUUAUAAGUCAGUGGAGAUGGUAGCUAAAGAUGAUGGUGGUGGGCAGACCCGGUUACAUGGUCAUCAGAUUCUUCAAGUACAUCAGAUAAAAGGAACCGUACUCAUUGGGGUCAAUUUUGUGGGCUAUUCAGAGAAGAAAAGCCCAAAAGAAAUUUCCAACUUACCCAGAUCUGCAGCUGUGGAGCUGCUCCUGGUGGAUGACGUAACUGUAUUGCCUGAGAAUGCCACCAUCUAUAACCACCCAGAUGUGAAGGAAAUAUUUAGCCUUGUGGAAGGAUCUGGUUAUUUUUCAGUCAACAGCAAUGAGCUGGAUAUUGUUGUCAUCACUUACAUGGAAGCAGAAAGCUCUGUCCAGUUAGUUCCAGUACAUCCUGGAUCUCUCACUUUGGAAGUAUAUGAUCUUUGCUUGGCUUUCUUGGGUCCAGCAACAGCCCACCUCAGCAUAUCAGACAUACAAGAGCUGGAACUUGAUCUUAUUGAUAAGGUUGAGAUUGGCAAAACUGUAUUAGUGACUGUGAGAGUUCUCGGCUCUUCUAAACGCCCAUUCCGAAAUAAAUAUUUCAGAAACAUGGAGCUCAAACUGCAGUCGGCUUCUGCCAUUGUCACCCUGACGCUAAUGGAGAAACAGGAUGAAUACUCUGAAAAUUAUAUCCUUCGAGCUAUCACUGUUGGGCAAACCACACUUGUAGCUAUUGCCAGGGACAAGAUGGGGAGAAAAUUCACAUCGGCUCCUCGGCAAAUUGAAGUGUUUCCUCCAUUCAGACUUGUUCCAGAGAAAAUGACACUGAUUCCAACUAACAUGAUGCAGGUACUGUCUGAAGGUGGUCCUCAGCCCCAAUCUAUCAUUCACUUCUCCAUCAGUAAUCAGACUGUGGCUGUUGUUAAUAGGAGGGGACAAAUUACGGGGAAGGUGAUUGGUACAGCUGUGGUCCAUGGCACCAUCCAGACAGUAAAUGAAGAUACUGGCAAAGUCAUUGUGUUUUCCCAGGAUGAAGUACAUAUUGAAGUUGUUCAGCUAAGGGCUGUUAGGAUCCUUGCAGCUGCAACUAGACUCAUCACAGCUACUGAGAUGCCAAUUUAUGUCAUGGGAGUGACAAGUACUCAGACCCCUUUCUCUUUUAGCAAUGCCAACCCUGGGCUUACAUUCCACUGGUCCAUGAGCAAAAGGGAUGUAUUGGAUUUAGUGCCCAGGCAUUCAGAGGUUUUUCUACAGCUUCCACUAGAGAAUAACUUUGCCAUGGUUGUCCACACAAAAGCAGCUGGCCGGACCAGUAUUAAAGUCACUGUCCGCUGUAUGAACAGUUCCUCUGGGCAGUUUGAGGGGAAUUUCUUGGAACUGUCUGAUGAAGUUCAGAUCCUGGUGUUUGAAAAACUCCAACUUUUCUAUCCAGAGUGCCAACCUGAGCAGAUUCUGAUGCCUAUGAACUCUCAGCUCAAACUCCAUACCAACAGUAUGGUCGCAGCACUUCUCCAGUGCAUCCUUCUCUGUACCAGUAGGUUUUGUCUCCCACAGGUAGCACCAGUGACAUACCUGCGAAUGAGCAGCCAACCCAAGCUAUACACAGCCCAAGGAAGGACUUUGUCAGCCUUUCCCUUGGGCAUGUCUCUCACCUUCAUUGUUCAGUUUUAUAAUAGCAUCGGAGAGAAAUUCCACACACACAAUACCCAGCUUUAUCUGGCUCUGAACAGAGAUGACUUGCUGCUUAUUGGACCAGGGAAUAGGAACUAUACUUACAUGGCCCAGGCUGUGAACAGAGGGGUGACACUUGUGGGGCUGUGGGACCGGAGACAUCCAGGCAUGGCAGAUUAUAUUCCUGUUGCUGUAGAGCAUGCCAUUGAACCAGACACCAAGCUUACCUUUGUUGGAGAUGUCAUCUGCUUCAGUACUGACCUGGUCAGCCAGAAUGGUGAACCCGGGAUGUGGAUGAUUUCUGCUGACAACAUUCUACAGACAGACAUUGUUACUGGAGUAGGAGUGGCCAGGAGUCCAGGAACUGCAACAAUUUUUCAUGACAUCCCAGGAGUAGUGAAAACAUAUCGAGAGGUUCGACCGCAGUCAGAGGAGCUGCUCCAGGCCCUCAGCACGGCUGACACCUCGGUUUAUGGGUGGGCCACACUGGUCAGCGAACGUAGCAAGAAUGGAAUGCAAAGAAUCCUCAUUCCUUUCAUCCCAGCCUUUUAUAUUAACCAGUCAGAACUGGUUCUUAGCCACAAACAAGACAUCAGUGAGAUAAGAGUACUGGGAGUGGAUAGAGUUCUUGAGAAGCUAGAGUGCUUAUUAGGAUCCUGUACCCUGAAUCAGGCCUUGGCCAUUAAAAAAGAACUUCUUCCAGAGACCCUUAUGCUGUGCCAUGUACAGUUCAGUAAUACUUUGCUAGACAUUCCAGCAAGUAAAGUUUUUCAUGUCUAUUCCAAUUUCAGCAUGGAGAAAGGGAUUUAUGUCUGCCUAAUCAAGGUUCGACCGCAGUCAGAGGAGCUGCUCCAGGCCCUCAGCACGGCUGACACCUCGGUUUAUGGGUGGGCCACACUGGUCAGCGAACGUAGCAAGAAUGGAAUGCAAAGAAUCCUCAUUCCUUUCAUCCCAGCCUUUUAUAUUAACCAGUCAGAACUGGUUCUUAGCCACAAACAAGACAUCAGUGAGAUAAGAGUACUGGGAGUGGAUAGAGUUCUUGAGAAGCUAGAGGUCUUCUCCAGCUCUCCACUUCUAGUGGUCUCUGGCCGUAGGCACUCUCCCCUCACUCCUGGCCUGGCCAUCUACCCUGUAAGAGUAGUCAACUUCACUUCCUUCCAGCAGAUGGCAUCACCUGUUUUCAUCAAUAUUUCCUGUGUGCUCACCGGUCAAAGUGAGGCAGUGGUAGUGAGAGUUAUGAAGGAUAAUUCAGGUGCAGAUCAAUGUGAAGAUUCAAGCAUCCUCAAGCAGUUCAUUGGUUCUUACCAGAUCCUCCUCUUGACCCUCUUUACAGUAUUGGCAUCAACAGCUUUCAUCUUUCUAGCAUACAAUGCCUUCUUAAACAAGAUACAGACUGUUCCAGUUGUAUAUGUACCAACUCCAGGAACACCACAGCCAGGUUCUUAUACUUCUACAUAUUCUCCUCCUCCCUUCAUGAGUCCACAAGCCCCAGUGGCCCAGAGUCGGCUUCGACAUUGGUUAUGGAGUAUAAGGCACUAACCUACACUUGGACAAGUCCCCUUUAACUGUAGGGGAAUGGAGAUUUGUAGCUCUGGAAAAGGAAGCUAGCAGCAACCUCUAUAC